AUGGCGGCUGAUGCGUGCGGAACGCAGAGCACUCUGACCCUAUGCUCAGGCAAACUGCACAGAGAGCAUCUGCGAAAAAGUAAAGAUUCACGAAGGAGACAAGCAGCGCUUUUAUUUCUCACUAAUAUAUCCCUGGACGGACGACCAGUGCGAAAUAAUGCGGUCCGCGGUGAUGCCGAGUUCCAGUGCGCUGACAUCGGCGCGGCUGUGAGAGAACUGUCCGCUGCGGCGAGCAACGAUGGGACCUUUAACAGCCUCUCUGUGCCUAGACUCGAGCUGCUCAACGUCCCACCCAUUCUGGUUCUCCCGUCGGAUUCUGAGUUCGGUAACGUUGGGAGCACCGAGGUGUUUCUGGAGAGGGAAAGCUCGUUCUCCUCGCAGGGAAAUCUCCUCUCCCCGUGCAGUCUGCAGCCCACUCCGCUGGGACCGCGGAAGUCACCGACGCUGCUGUCUGUGCAUAGUUUCAGCUCUUCGCUGGAUUCUCGACCACGGAGUCGGAAUCCAUCUGGCUCUCCUCGUCCACGCUCCAUGAAGAAGAUACACUUUAUUAAGAACAUGAGGCAGUACGACACCAGGGGCAGCAGGAUUGUGUUAAUCUGCGCCAAAAGGUCUUUGUGUGCUGCCUUCUCUGUGCUGCCGUAUGGAGAGAGCUUCCACAUCAGUGACCCUCGUUUGGAUGCUCAACGACGGAGGCACUCCUCCGGUGGAAUAUCCAACACUCUAGAGAUGCCUGCCGGGCUGGAGGGGGUAGAGCUGGGCAUCUACGGCAGGACGGUGUCGUACGCCAAGUUCCUGUACCCCACUAAUGCUCUGGACCGCCACAAGCCCUCAGUGGACCUCGCUCUACCAAUGCUCUAUUCCAGAAACAGCAUCCCUCAUAGUUACCCGCCUUCUCGUCUCAACAGCACUGUGGGACUGGAUCUGGGCCUAGAAGACAUUGACUAUGACCCUAACCUGCUCAGUGACCCCCAGUGGCCAUGUGGAAAACACAAAAGAGUUCUCAUCUUCGCCUCAUACAUGACAACAGUAAUAGAGUACGUCAAGCCAUCAGAUCUAAAGAAGGACAUGAAUGAGACUUUUAAGGAAAAAUUCCCCCACAUCAAGCUCACACUGAGCAAAAUCAGAAGUUUGAAAAGAGAAAUCCGCUCAGUGGGAGAGGAGUCCGGUUUGCAACCAGUCACCAUAGCGAUGGCGUUUGUUUACUUUGAGAAGCUGGUCCUCCAGGGGCGAUUGAAUAAGCAGAACAGGAAGCUGGUGACGACCGCGUGCCUCCUGCUCGCCGCCAAGAUCAGCAGUGACCUGAAGAAACAAGAGGUCACACAGUUGAUUGACAAAUUAGAGGAGAGGUUCCGGAUCAGUCGGCGGGAAUUGAUUGCGGUUGAGUUCACUGUCCUGGUAGCACUCGAGAUGGCACUUUACCUACCGGAGAGCAAAGUCAUGCCACACUACCGCAGACUAGUACAGCAGACCUGACAUUUCCUGUCCAGCUGUUGGUAGACUGGAGAGUUUGGGUGGUUGUGAAAAUGCAGUAAAGAAGAGGAUGUUCAUGCAGAUAAGAUGUGGCUGAGAGGCAGGGACUCAGCAUUCCUGUCAUUGUGGUUUCAGGUGUCAGAGCAAAUACACAUCAGCAUGAAGCUUCGAGGAAGAUCUCAUGUCCAAAUGAUGCUUUUAAUAGCAAUCGUACCAGCAGUGUUUGUUUUCAUGACUGUCUGUUUUAGUGACCAUCAUGGGAAUACUGUUUAGGAAAAGCUCUAGAAGAAUCUUUUUAAAUUCAAAAGUGGAGGGUUUUAUUACAGAAGCAAGCUUUGAGAGGCUUUGUGUUAUGUUUAAGAACACCCUUAUCUCGUGGUAAAAUCGUUGUAAUGCACAGACAUGAGUGGUUUAUUGCUUUCAAAAAGUAGUUUUAUGAUGAAAGACACCAAUAUUCAAUAAUUUAACUUAAUGAUAAAAAUAAUUUAAUAAGUCAAUAAAUGCAUUUAAUAUUAAUAAUGAUCAGAAUUAACACAGUAGUUCUGUAGGCUGUUUGCGGUUGCCAUACAAGGUAGCAACUUGGUGCAUUAAUACAGUGUGGCUUAGAACCAAUCAGAAUUUAGAGUCAGAACUAUUUGUUUAAUAGUUUAAUUAAAAAAAAAUCAAUCGACACCUUGUUCAAUUGCUUGAAGCAUAGAAGUGUGAAUGCGUGUUUUUAAUCAUUCUGUAUUUAUUUAGCAAAAAUAACUUUUAUUUAAUAUAGAUCUCUCCUUUUGUUCAAUUUUAGAACAAUCUGAUAUUCACUGUAACACUAAAGCACUUUUUUAAACGAUGUGUCAAAUAAUCGUAUAAUCAUUGGCACAGAUUAUGUCAUGUAAAAGUGGAUUUAAUUUGUUGCAUUAUUGAGUGACUAAAUCUACCUUAGCAUUCAAAACUAAUCAGUUCAUCGUCUUUGACGGCCUUAUUGCGGGACUCCGCUGCACUUUACUGGGAAGAGUGCUCUAUAUUAGAGCUGAUUUCAGGAAAAGCACAUUUAGAGUGCUGCCAUUUUGUUCUUUCAAAUUUUUUGUUAAAUUAUUGGAAAGGCCACACAGUUAUUGUUUUAUCAUGUUAUUCUAAACCAAUAUGCUAUUCUUCAAAUGGAAGUUCAUAAUGACCAUGCAUGCAAAGCUCCAAAAAGAACAAGAAUAUCCCAUAAUAUUCCAUAAAAUUGGUCCAUAUAACUCCAAGUCUAAUACCAAAAUUUAAGCCAUUAUUUCCUGAAAAUCUUCCCCUCCACUGCAGCUAUAAAAUUGCACUCUUCAGCAUUUAAGACUGAAUUGCUUCAGAAGACUUUAAAUAUACCACAUGUGUCAUAUUAAUAAUUGUAGGGUGCUUUAAUUCAAUGUUUCCCAACCUUUUUUCUGCCACAGCACACUUUUUAUGAUUAAAACAUUCUGCGGCAUACAACUAUCAAUACAACUAUACAACUAUAAGCUAACCAAUCGUCCAUGUUUGCUGUCUGUCUUAGUAGCGUGUUUACUUGUAAUGUUUGAAAUUCCGCUAUGCAAAAAAAAAAAAAAACAAGUCACAUACGAUGCUUGCAUUAGACUUUCUCAUCGUCCGUCUUUUUGAUGGACAGGGUCAUAAAAAUUCUGUCAUAAUCUAUUAUUACCCGUCAAACUAAUGUUCAUAUUUAAUGAUAAUAAGACAUUUAAUAGCUUUUAUUUUCAUUCACAUUUUCAUUUUUAAGCAUGAAUUUACAGGACGAGCAUAUAGCAGAUUAUACAUUUAUUUAUUUAUGAAGAGAACAGAUGAACAACAGACACCACACGAAGCAGAUGAAUGUUUUUUUCCCUGCAGUGACAGCAGAGGCCACUAAAACACUCAAGUGUGAACAGAACACGUAAAAAAUUAACUGAACAGAACUCAAUCGACAACUCUUCCUUCUGGUCCGCAUCGACUUAAAGUGUGUGCUCGCUUGUGCGUAAUGCAAUGCUGAGGGAAUUGUCAUUAGAUUUUGUGUCUUUGACUCAGACAGACGACUUCUCGUGACAGUUUUUAUUUGGUUCUGGAGGCUGAAACCAGCGUCAAACACCGCAUCGCCCUCCACAUGACAAGAGUUGCAGAAAGCGUCACAGAGUUUGCCACGUAAAAAAGCGGGAGGAGUGCACAAUAAACAUUGAAAACAUGUAUUUGGAAGAGGGAGAAAAAGUUUACAGAUGCUUUGGUAGCAGAAAGUAAUAAAAGGACAAAAAUGCAUUUAAAUUAGUUUAACAACUGGGGUCUCUGAUACCCCUAAACGAUAAGGUAACAUUUAAUGAAAAGAAAUUAUGAGACAUUUAAUGCCUCUUCACAAAUUUGGAAAGUUUUUAAAUAUUUCUUGUUGCUUAGUACUCUCAAAUGUAUUCUGCAGCGCUGACGUGAGUCACGUGAAAGACCCUUAAUGCCUAUAAAUAUCACUUUUGCACAUUAAUCAUUGCUCUUCACAAUCACAAAAGUGACCAUUUAUGGUUUCAAAAUGGCAAAUUUCUCUGAAAGGUGAGGAAUUUGGAUUCCUGAAAUUAUACAUUUUUUCAUGCAUUUAUUUAUUUUGUGGAAUUUGAUAAUUUUCUACAGCACACCUGACAAUCUUUCAUGGCAAACUAGUGUGCACAGUGGUUGGGAAACACUGCUUUAAUUGUGUUUUUGUCCAUUUUGAAGCUUAUUAUCAUGAACUGCCAUUGUACAGAAUAUUCUUUAAAAAAAUCUACUUUUGAGUUCCACAGAAGAAUGAGGUCAUAAGGGUUUGAAAUGACAUAAUGGUGAUUAAAAACAAAGAACCAUUCAUUUAAUACGUCAUUGUGAUAAAAUAUUUAUAAUAAAUAGGCAACGGUUUGUGUAGUGCCAUGCAUUCAAUAGGAUAUUUAUAUUUUAUAUUUGAACUUCAAAUUUGCUGUUUAUUCAUUUACUUCCGUGAAAUAUUGUAUUGAGCAUCUAACCUUUUUAUCAAAAACUAUAAACAUGACAAUCCAGUGUAUUAAAUCAGGAGAUACAUCUAAAAAGACAGUGUUAUCCAUAUAAAUGUCUUUUGUUGUGUCGAAAUAAAACAGGUUUUGUACUAUUUCCCAUCUUUCUGCCCCUAAAAUCUAUGCAAUACCUAAAUUAUUUUUAUAUACAAUUUUUUUAAUUUACUCACAAAGCAUACCAUUCCCAAUUCAUAUUGUUUACUUUGAAUAAACAAUCCUUUGCCAGAUUCACAUUUUAGUGUGGGUAGAGAUUUUGUGAAAAGGUUGUGUGUAAAUAGCCAUAGUUUUGGGGGCAAUUGCCUUGUACUAUAUAGACUAAUGCAUUUUAUAUACAGUUUCAAUCAAUAUAUUUUAAUGACCUAAACAUGUGCUGUUAAUGUUGUCCACAACAUUUUGUAUGUAUCUAUCUUAUAUUUUUAUGAUUCUUGAAAUAACACAUUAAUUUCCUGUGAAUAAUCUUCUGUGAAAAAAGUUCAAAAACUGUAACCAUCAGCAUUAUGUGAGACAUUUGCACUUUUUUGAAGCAGUCUGGUGUGAGCACAUAGUGUGAUGUGUUUUGGGCUAUGCUCAGAAAAGCACACUUACUGUAUCUGCGAUAAACCUAGUUAACAUUGUUGUUACAUGACCUUAUUAUGUUGCAUACUGCAUACAUACUAUAUACCGCAGAAUAAUGCUUACUGUUUCACAUACUAUUUUUUUUAAUCUAGGCAGUAAAGUGUAUACUGCACAGAAUUCAGUAAGUAGUCAGCUAGUAUUCAAUUCCGAACAUAGCUUUGGCUGCCCUGAUACCGGGGAUUUUGUUCACAGUUCUGUGCUAUGGGCACCAUCUAGAGAAAACCUUUUGCAAUCACAAUGCUUGUCAUGACAAUAGGAAAGUUGUUAGUAAGUGGAUUUUGCUACAUAACAAGCGUCAUACUAAUUUAAUCUGGAGACAUUUGCAAAUCACACAUAAAUUUGACAUUUCUCCAGGUUUCCUUUGUUUAGGCAUGUGCUUUAGAGCCCCUGAUUAAACUUAAUGGAUAUAAAUGUCUAAGAAUCACUUUGACAUACAUUCAAUUCAAGAACUGAACUAGAAAUAUUUGUAAUGGAUGAUUUGUUAAAGAGAGAAAAUGGAAGUAAAGUUAAACUAUUACACUGUGAUUUGUAUGUAGCCUAUAAUAACCACAUCACCUUCGUCCUGUUUAAUUUGUAAUUCUAAAGAUUGCUUUAAAGAACAUAAUCCAACUGUUCAGACAGUGUAAUAUUCUGGCUCAAUAGCCCAUUUUUAGCUAUAGCCAAUAAAUUAGUCAUUCAGUGUUUUACAGUUUAUUUACUUAUGUUUCACAUGUGUCUUUGUCUACAGUAGCACUGUGUGUGAAUCUCUGUGUAUUUCAAGGGUCAGGGAAAGGCCUGAUAGAAUGGAGAAGAGAUUACAAAGCAACUUUCCUUUGUUGAGCAGAUUUAGCUAAUCUUCCUUUAUGAAUAUGAUGGGAAGGCUGGGAAGGAAGCCAGCAGAAGAUAAGUUGUACAGCAGUAUUGUGGUGCCACUAAAAUCACAUUGACUUCUUUGCUCUGUUGAGGUAGAGAUAAAGCUUCCUUCUCAAUGAUAUUCUUGUUUAACCAGCACCUCAAGUACAGCAAUCUAUUAAUGUGCUUCCUUAGAUGUGCUUCCUUUGUUAAACCUUGUUGUUUCUGAGUGAUGAGUAUGUAAGUAUGUAAAUGUGUAUUUAUCCUACAGGUGACAUUUGUUAAAUAUAUGUAUGAAGAAUUGUAUUUAUAUGUUAAUAUCUGAAUUAUUAAGCACUUUCAAAAUAUAUAUUUUCUGA